AUGGCCCCUCGUGCCUUCGAGGACGAGGAGCUCACCAUAUCGCUCUCGUCGUCUCACGUCCGACGACAGUUUCAAGCCCCGCCGACACCGGACGCGGCCCAGCAGCAGCAGCAUGAGGCUACGGGAGGUGACAACGGUGCUGCUGUAGACCCGACUAGGCCGCCCAACAUGGACAAUCCCGCAGCGACUCCCCAGCGGAGGGAAAAGGUCAAGACGGAGCAGAGGAUCGGCGCCUACAAGAUCAUGCGCACUCUGGGGGAGGGAUCGUUUGGUAAAGUAAAGCUGGCCGUGCACAAUGGCACCGGUCAGCAGGUUGCUCUCAAGAUUAUCGCGCGCAAGAAGCUCAUCAGCCGUGACAUGGCUGGACGGGUUGAGCGCGAGAUUGAAUAUCUCCAACUCCUACGACAUCCUCAUAUUAUCAAGCUUUUUACCGUCAUCAAGACCCCCAACGAAAUCAUCAUGGUCCUCGAGUACGCCGGCGGCGAACUCUUCGACUACAUCGUCGCCCACGGACGCAUGAAUGAGCCCGAGGCUCGCCGGUUCUUCCAGCAGAUGCUCUGCGCCGUCGAGUACUGCCACCGCCACAAGAUCGUCCACCGAGACCUGAAGCCCGAGAACCUCCUUCUUGACGAGAGCCUCAACGUCAAGAUUGCCGACUUCGGUCUCAGCAACAUCAUGACCGACGGCAACUUCCUCCGCACCAGCUGCGGCAGCCCCAACUACGCCGCUCCCGAGGUCAUCGGCGGCAAGCUGUACGCCGGCCCCGAGGUCGACGUCUGGAGCUGCGGUGUCAUCCUCUACGUCCUCCUGGUCGGCCGCCUGCCCUUUGACGACGAGCACAUCCCCAGCCUGUUCGCCAAGAUCGCCAAGGGCACCUACAGCGUGCCCCAGUGGAUGCCCUCGGGCGCCGCCAACCUCAUCAAGAAGAUGCUCGUCGUCAACCCCGUCCACCGCGCCACCAUCGAGGAGAUCCGCGACGACCCUUGGUUCCUCAAGGACCUGCCGGCCUACCUCCAGCGCCCCGCCGAGGAGUUCUUCAACACCGGUGUCGACCCCAACAAGGCCAUCCUCAAGAGCGACAUUGCCCCGCGCGCCUCGGAGACGGUGCAGGAUAAGCUGCACGGCGAGAUCACCGACAAGAUCAGCAAGACGAUGGGUUACGGAAAGAGAGAUGUCGAGGAGGCUCUGUUCUCGGAUGAGCCGUCGGCUAUCAAGGACGCCUACAUGAUUGUGAGGGAAAACAAGAUCAUGCAGGCCAAUCAAAAUCUCGACAUGUUGACCGUGGCCGAUAUCGAAGGGUCGAGCCCCAUGAUGAGCCAGUCAUCAAGAUCCGGCAUCUCGGGCAGCAACGUCUCUGUCCGUCCCUACGUCAGCAAGGUCGGCAUCCUACCCAGCAGCAUCCCGACCUACCACAAGGACUACAUGGAGAGGCGAAACGCGGGCGUGGAGGACCCGAGGCCCCGGCCCACCGGCGGCCUCGACGAGCCCUCGACGUCAGCCAGGACGGACGCUGAGAAGCAGGAGAUGGCCCGCCGCCUGAAACCCCAUUCACGCAGCCACAUCCGGGCCGACGAGGCGGUCAAGAGGCCGCAGGGCAUGACGCCCAUCAACCCUCCCAAGAAGCCCAAGCCUGUACGCUGGCAGUUUGGCAUCCGGUCGCGUAACGCGCCCUGGGAGGCCCUCCUCACCAUCCACAAGGCCCUCAGCAAGCUCGGGGCCGGUUACAUCCCCGACGAGGACUUCGAAUCAGGUCCGAUCCCCGGCAGCGGCGGCGACGACGACAACCAGUCGACGGGGGGCUUCGGGUCGACGGCCAGCAUGGAUGCUGGUGUCAAGAGCUACAAACUCCCCGCUGAUCCUUGGCAUAUCAAGGUCAGGUGGGAGACGCCAAAAUACCACGUCUACUCUCCCCUGUCGGCGGAGCAGACGUCGGCGGCUCCGGUCAGGCGACCAUUUGUCGCGAUGCACCUCGACAUUCAGAUAUACGAGAUGGAGCAGGGCGUGUACCUGGUCGACUUCAAGUGUUCCGGGUACGAGACAUCCGAGGGGAAAUUACUCGAGGAGAAGGAGGUCACCAGCCCGUAUCCGUUCCUAGACAUGGCGGCGCGGCUGAUUAUGCAGCUUGCCGAGGCGGAUUAG